AUGACAGAAGUCGAGACGUCUGCCGUAGCCGGUAGCUCGCCGGGUCCACGUGUCUCGUUCAAUAGGGACGUACACGUGAAGCGCAUCGGCCCCCGCCUCGAGGGUCCCCGUAGCUCCCCGGCGAACGGCACCGUUCGCAAGGAACUACCAGAAAAUCUCUCACAGGAAGCGUUACGCCGGGAAGCCGAAUUUGUUCUUGCCCAGGCAGAUAAGAUCGAUCGUUCGCGUGCGAACGGCACUGGGGCGACACCUUCCAGCGCCGAUCCACUCGGUGCGGCACGGUUCAACUCACUUCCAUCGCGCUCCAAGUCACGCACGAAAAAGGUCACCCGGUCGUCGAGUGACGCCGCUUCCAAAAAGCCCACUGCCAAGAGUCUACUGAAUCUAUUCGGUCGCAAGCAGGCGGAUGAGCAUGGUGCAGUAAAGGUACCGCUGUCCGCCGCCAAUCAAGCACCCUCGAGCAGAAGCACCCUUGGACGGAGUAAAAGUGAUGUUGGUAGUUCGAGCACGACUCGGAACGGCUCUUUGGUGAAGCAGCGUAAAGUACCGCGCCGGGCAACGCAGGAACUGGGUGAUCUAAGGUCGAUUAUCGGCAAAAAGAAUGACCCACUGACGCCGAUCAUCGAAGCAUCACCGCUCGAGUACACGCAACAGACCGAUCCGCUGACGGCGUACGUACGCCGGGGGCGUGCCGUUUCCGAGGAGCCUAAAUCGUCGUCGAGAGCAGUACCGAAACCGGGCGUUAUGGAAACGAUCACCCUGCUGCGCUCGUCUAACACUGCCAAGUCACAGGAAGCACUGCACAGCUCACAGCUACCACCUGAGAAGCCUCACCUUACCAAGGGCGUUACGGUGGAAAACAUUGUCAAACGGUUGUCCAGCGAACGGCACACAUCACCACCACCGGCACAGAUCGUUGGCGGUGGGUUUUCGUACACUCGUGGUCCAGGUGAACCGAUCGUAUACGCGCAAGUCGUUUCAAACGAAGCGAACAAAUCGAAACAUACCGUAAAGCAUCAGCACUACCCUUCUACCGAGGACGAAGAUCCUGCUGGCCCAACCAUGUGGACAUCCACGGACAGUAAGAUGAGACCGACGGGUAGCUUUCUGGACACUACUCAACGUCCUAGCCCUCCCCUGCCGAAGUAUCGUUUGGACGAGGCAGAUCAUUCGCCACUCUCGAUCAAUGGGAUUCGUCGCAAGCAGCACACGAACAGCGACGAGGACGAAGGACUCGGAAUUGACUAUUCGCGACAGCAGCAACGCUACAAAUCAUCCGCUUAUGUGCACACAUCGAGCAGUACCACCCAGAACACUUCCCGAACGUCACCCAAAUCAUUCCACACCAACUCGGACGAAGAUCCGCCGAUUGCUCCCAGUGUCGUGCGGCUAACACCGGCGGAGAAGACUUUCUCCAACAGCUACAGUGUCCAUUACCGUGGCCAAGCGGACGGGAAGGAACAUCUACCGGAGUUUCAUGAGCUUAGCCAACGGCGCGAAAUUCUCGAGUCUCGCAUAAGAUCACGCAUUGGAUCGCGCGAUUUGCUCGAUCGGGCGUCACCGGAAAGGAGUGUACCGGUGCCGAUAAAGCUUACGUCCGGAGCACACCGGACAGCCAGUAGUAGCAGCAGUACGAGCAAGUAUCGCACGACAACGGAACGUCGUUCGGUAGAUCGUGUUCUCGAUCGGCACGAAUCUCCGGUGCGAAGGAGUACACUGUCACCAACACCUACCAAAUUCCGUGAGUCAUCACAGGAUCGUACCGCGGUACCGAGAAGAAACUCCCGUGGGUAUGUGGAGACGUUUGUCACUAAGACGGUAGUGAAUCGAGAUGGAAAACCAGUAUCGGAGGAAUAUGUCGAGCGGUACAAGUAUCCGGGAGACAAUGUGGAAGCGGUAACAAGCUCCAGAACGGUGUACGAUCGUGAAGGAUCUGCUGGUCGUACGGAGAUCCAGCGAUUCAAUCGGUACGUUCCGGAGCAGGGUAUGUCCAGCAGUUACACCGGGCGGAACACGAUCGAUAAGGGUGAUUCGGGCAUUGAAAACGAUUUCCGGAAGGAUUCGUUCAAUCAGGAGUUCAUCUCGGGGACGAAGUUUACACUGACGGAAAACAUACGCACCUGCGAAGACUUCCUGCGAAUGGAGCGAACGCACACGAACAGCUGCAUGCGCAAGUCGAGAAAAGCGUACGUGUACCGUGAACGGAGCAUCGAUGAUGGAUCGCGCUACGAUCCACGUUUGGAUGAGAUAUCGGCUAGUCGCAGCUACACGCGCGAUACGUUGAAACCUUCUCUGAAGGUUGAAAAGAAACCCGGUAGUCUUGCCAAGGUCAAGCAGUUCGUUAGCUCUACCAGAAAGAAGCUGGUUCGCAUGGGACAGGAUGGUUCGGAUAAGCGAGAGCACUCCCGUGCCGGAAGUCUCCGUUCGGACAGUGCCGACGGAUCACGCAUACCGGAUAUAGCCACUCGCCGACGGCUCUCAACACCGAAAUCCAGUCCAUCGUCCGCUAAGCGAUCGCUCUCGUUCAAGAGCUCAAAACUGUCAGCAUCCUCUCCACCAGACGCCAGCCAGAAGCAGGCGUCCUCCCGUUCGGAUUGGUUCAAAUCGUUCGAUCGAUUGUCACGUAAAAAGUCUAGCUCGAAACCGAACCUCACCACGGACACGAAAACGCCACCACCAGCGAAGCAGGCGAAAAGCUUACGCUUCUUCGGCGACACCGAUACGGAAUAUGGCGAUCAGAAUGUGUCCUCGUACAGAUCGGCACGGAGUAAUCUCUCGAAAACGGACAAGAAAUAUCGCAGUGCGUACGAUCUGGACACGGCCCCGAAGAUGCGCGAUACAGCUCGCAAUCGAUCGUCCUCGUUGCACAACCUGGACGAGGAGGAUGAGCUGAGCCUGCGGGGCAAAGAUUAUCGCUCGGAGGAACAUUCGAGCACUUUCUACCGAGCGAGAUCGCCAUCACCGUCGGAUUAUCGGCAGGAUAGGACCACUGCGCGUGACUACACGCCGGAACGUGUAGCCCGGAAGACAUAUCAGCAUCAUCGAUCACGGGAAAACAAUGUCGAUCUGAUGGAUAGUGAACGAUCGGAGACACCGCUCCAUCAUCGUCCCGGCAGUCGUAGUCGCGGUGAGCACAAAAAGCCACCCUCAGGUCCACAGAAGCCCGCACGUGCCUUCGAACGUCGGGAUAGUUUGAAUAGGGACAUUGAUCGCAUUCUGGACAGCUCUGGGACGGAAGGUGAAUCUAGUCAACAAAGCCAGCGCAGUGUAGUAUUCUUGCAUGCUACAACCGUGGGUGAUAUACCGCACCCGCAAAUAGCGAAUGCACGCCGUCGGGCGUACUCCCGCGAGUCGCUCAACAACUCGAUCGCCUCCUCGAAGAAGGUACAACCGAUGACGCGUACCGUAUCGCGUUCAAUAUCGGUGCUAGCACCGUGGAAGCCGAAAAACAUUCGCGAAGGUUACGAAAUCGAUUACCACAAAGACCAGCACCAGGCGAAACCGAUCUCAACCCUACCGCGCUCCGGUGCGACAAGCCGUCAGUCCACUGCCGGUAGCCAGUCCACGCUCAGCCGGUCCAAGCAUCGGUCGCAAUCGGGGCGCGAUGAUCCGGACUCGGAUAAGAGCUCCUCGUUUGAGCAAUCGCGACGGCUCAGUGCUGACCAGCAGCGUCGCCCGAGUGGAUCACGAGAGGCAGGUGGACUAGGGACACCGUACGCAUCUACCACGCUACCCAGCUCACGGCGAGUGAAGGACUCGAUCGCACAGUAUCCUUCACGCACCACCGCUAGCGGGUCUACCUUGAAGUAUCGCCGAUAAGAAGCAGCGGAAGUUUUGCACGCCGGUUAACAC